AUGGAUGGAACUUGUGUGAGCACGCAAGAUUCAAUCUUUUCUGUGGUGUACACACAAUCUUGUGGUGAUUGGUCUGUGUGGCGGUGUCCAUCAUUGAGUGGUGCUGUUUCUUUGGGAUCACAGGGAAGCGCAGCUGCUUCAAGAGCUCGCUAUCCUUAUGCUGUAUCAAUACAAUUUGGGCAUCCACGAGGUCACAGUUGCAGUGGAGUGCUGGUCAGCAAGCAAUGGGUCCUGACAUCAGCGACAUGUGCUCAAAGACUGCAGACAAAUCGAAACCCUGCUGUCUACGUGGGAGCUUUCAAUCUUGCUUCAGUUGACAUGGAUGAUGGUGUGCAGGUCCGCAAUUUCACAAAGGUGUUCCUGCAUCCCCGGUGGGAUGACAAUAAUAAAAAUGUCGACAAUGUUGCCUACAACAUUGCCAUGAUUCUGCUUGAUGAAGCGAUCGUCAAUGUAACAGUCCCACUGCUUGCAAAUGGCACUCUGAGUUUUAACGAUGGCCAGCGGUUUCCCACCAUUGGGUGGGGCCCCAUCGACGACAGUAUCUUUUCAGACUUGCCAGAGGAGCUGCAGGAGACAGAGCUGGCUUGGUUGAGAAACGAUCAGUGUCAGAGAGGAUUCCAUGUCUUGGAGGACCAGGGAUGCCCGAUAACUGGAUCAGGGAGGAUUGUGAGUAAGAUGCUGUGCGCCUGGGGAGGGGAUGGUGUUGACCCGUGCUCAGGGUUGUGUGAGACCGGGGCACCCUUGCUGUACGUGGACACCAGUGUGAGAAUUCUCAGUGAAGGUGAUCCCACCACCGACACUGUUGUUGGCAUUUUUACAUCUCAGAUGGUAAUCUGCCGACCAGACGUUCCACUGGUUUAUGUGUCGGUUGGCGAGUUCUUUGGCUGGAUCGGAGAAGUUCAGAUUUUGACAGAGGAAGACGAUGUCGAUGUGGCUAAAAUAGCAGUGGUGAGUGCAGGCUCAGUUGUGGGCAUCAUUGCUGUGAUUGCAGCAUUGCUUUGGUGGAGAAGCAGGAGGCGGGGUGACCACCUUCCAGUGAGCGUUUUGGAAGUUGGGGAGGGGAAAGAGGGUUGGCCUGGCAUGGUGACAGGCAAACCUGCCAACAGUUCCAACGUUUCAGGGACAGUGGGUGAUACCAUGGUCAGCGAGAAGAGCCCAUUUGAAGUUGGCAGGCAGGAUGUGCAAUGGAAGUGGCAUAAGGAGCAGUACAGCUUCUUUGUACUGAGCAGGUGGAUGGAAGGCACUGUCGAUGUGUACGAAAACCAGGUGCUGGGACGUGGUGCAUCGAGCAUUGCGAAGAAGGGCAUGUGGGAUGGCACAGAGGUUGCGGUGCGCUUCUCAGAGGCCUCCAGCCUUGAAAAGGAGGCGCAAGUGCUGGAGGAAGUGCGCAAGUUGGAGCAUGACAACAUCAUCAAGAUCUUUGGUGUGAAUCCUUCCGCUAGGAGUACCGGACGCUAUGGGAGCUUCAUUGUCAUGGAGAUGAUGCACUGCAGUCUGCGACAAGUGCUGCAAGAUCCCUUUUGUGUCAUGUCGUUGACGUACUUGCAGCUGGUGGAGGUGCUCCUGGAAGUUGCCAGAGGCCUUGUUGCUCUACACACUUUGCGCCCGCCAGUGACCCAUGGGGACGUGAAGCCAGGCAACAUUCUGCUGUCAGCCAGAAAAUUGGAUGGCAGGCUCAAACUUGCUGCAAAGAUUUCCGAUUUCGACUGUUCCAGGCAGAGAGCUGGGGGCCAUGUGUCGAAUAGACUCAUGGGAACACGUGGAUACAUUGCUCCAGAGCUGUACUGGACCGCCCAGGCCUCCAAUGUCGAUGGUGAGAAACUGGACGUGUAUGCACUGGGCAUUGUUAUGCUGGACUGUGUUGGGGUGGGGGGAGGCAGGGCAGCAGAUGACCCAUCUGGAAUGGCCCAGUGUUGCCCAAAAGAGAUUUUGGACUUGGUGCAUGAAUGCGUGCAUGAAGAUGCCAGGAGUCGCUGUGCCCUUGGGGAUGCUAUGAACAGGCUGCAGGCUUUGUUGGACGACGUGCGACCAUGGUCCGAGGGCAGAGUGAAAAGAAAGCUGUCUGACCUCCUUGAGCAUGCAACACAGGGAGGGCCGUCCAUGGCGAAUGAUGGCAAUGCUACUGCCUUCAGCGACUGUGGAAUGGCGUACAGAGACCUGCUAGGGAUGUUCAUUGCCAUAGUUCAAGAGCUGAAAGUGGUUGCUGUAUCCGAAGCAGCAUCACUGGAAGCCAGUCAAAUAGUGUUACAAAAAAGGGAGGGUAGCUGCUACAGAGCGAUGGUGAUGGCUGGGUGCUUGAGCGACAGUGACGCUGCCAAUAAUGCCAAUGGCAACAGUGCACAAGCCCCAGGGGAUUCCAUACGUGUGCUUGGGGGUUUCAUUUGGACGUUGUUGAGCAAGGGCCACCAAUCUGGCAUGUGCGCUUUGGAGAAAACAAUGGGUGCACAUCCAGACGAGCUUGUUGACUUUGUUUCGAAACUGCGUGGUUGGGAAGUUGCUGUGUCUACAGAACAGUUGCACGGUGAUUGCGACAGUGUUUCCAAGGAGUUGAUUUCCUUGCAGUCUAGAGAAUGGGCGCGGAGCGGAGUGAGCUGUGAGGACUACUGA